GGCAGCCUGGGGACAGGCAAGAGGAGCCCAUGUAUCUGUUUGCUCCAGAGGGACAGAUAACAGAAUAUCAGGAGCCCCAGUGUCUCUGUGGUCCAUGUCCUUGAAGGGCGUCCUCCCCCCCCAUUAGGGGAAGAGGAGAGGAGAGGAAGCCACAGGAAAGAAGGAACAAGACAUGCCUCCAGAGAUGAGUCAGAGCAUGGGCCCCAGAGGGGAGGGCCAGACUCACGUGGUUGCUCAUUCAUAGCCCGUCAUCCGUGCUUGGGCAGGUCUGACUUCUUCCUUGAUAUCUUCUCCUAUGCCCAUCAGUUGCCACAAGCUUCCGAAGCACCCAGCAGCAGUGCUCACUGUUCCUGCCUCCAAGAACAGGGAAGGCCAUGGAUACUUCAGGAACGCCACCUCCACCUUGGGAUGAUCCCAAGAAAACCCAGGAAGGUAUUCCACAGUCAGAUAAAAAAGACAAAGUCCCUAAAAAAGAAGAGACACAUCCUCUUUCAAAAGGAGAACACAAGAUUAAGGAAGAUAGCUCUUCCUCUUCUUCUUCAUCCUCCUCCUCCUCAUCUUCUUCAUCAUCAUCAGACAGCAACAGUGAUGAAGAACACCAUGGGAUCAGAAGAAAACCCCUUCCAGAUAUUGUCAAAGAUGAGUCUGAGAUCAAGAGGGGAGAACUUCAGCUCUAUGAAGGUCCACCCGGAGAGAUAGAACCUUAUGAUGAACCAGAGCUCAGAAGAAGAGAAGUUGUACCAUCAGAUGAGACAGAAUUGGAAGAGACUGGGUCAAGAAGAGUGAACAUAAAGAAAGAUGAUGAAUUUUUCCAUUUUGUUCUCCUUUGCUUUGCUAUUGGGUCCCUGCUAGUCUGUUAUCACUAUUCUACAGAUUGGUUUAUGUCUCUGGGCGUUGGGUUGCUCACCUUUGCUUCUCUGGAGACCAUUGGAAUAUAUUUUGGUCUAGUGUACCGGAUUCACAGCGUCCUUCAAGGUUUCAUCCCCCUCUUUCAGAAAAUAAGACUCAUAGGUAACUUUUGAACUUUUCCUGAGUCCUAUGAUUCCUUUGCUUCUACACAUUGAUAUUCUGCUCUGGCAAAUUCUCCUGAUGGUAAUAAUGAUGA